CACUUGUUCAGUGAUUAGGUAAAGAAAGGCUCAUCAAAUUGUUAAUUGAAAGAAGUUUUCAAUCCCUGACUCAGAUGUAGCUGUGCAUAUGUAGCUGCAUUAUUGUGUGAUAGUUUUCAGUUCCUCCUUCUGGUGUGGAAGGAGGUGGUAGAGGUGGUACAUGGAAGAAUACUCUGUUUCAGGGGACAGUAUUGGCUUGCCAAGUUCAUGCCUGGAGGACAGACAAAUACAGAGCUUCAUUUUCAUGUCAAUCCUGUAGACUUGCAAAACUGAGCUAACCCAGAGUGAUUUAAAGUAGGUGGUGAAUUGGUGGAUUCAUAGAAUUCUUGUUUUAAAUUAAAAAAAAAAAAAAAAGAAAAUAAAAUUGGAUUGACAGGUCAAGAAAAAUAAAUUCAGGCUUGGGUUCAGUUUUUGUGUUCAACAUCACCCCAAUGAAUGGGAAGUUGUUCAGCUGGAGGUGUUUGGUUACUGGUUGUGACACUGACGUACUUAGGGUCCACUAAAGAAAAAGAAUGCAGCCUGCUUGUGAAAUACAUGCCUUGAUUGUUGAAUCACCUGUUGAAUCCCUGUCUACCAGUCCUGGGAGUUGUUCUGUGUUGUGGCUGCCUUCCUUGUGAGGCCUGAGGCUGGUGUGGUAAGGGGGAUGUUGGAUACAGCACUGUGGCCCCACACAGGGGCAGCAGAAAGUGAAGCUUCCUUUCCUGGAUGGAUGACAGUCACAAGAAGCAGGACUGAAUGUAUGUACAUCUUUCACAAGAAAAAGUAUUUCUGAUCUUACAGUGUCUUAGAGUUUUAAGCUAAACUGUUUAGGUUUGGAUUCUUUUGGAUUUGGUUAUACUUUGAUUGGUAGAAGGGCCAAACCAUGAGAUAGUCUUAAGUGUCAAUCUUAUAAAAUGUGGGAAUUUUGAAGAUAGGUGUCCUAUUUUCUUGCACCUGUACAAAUGGACAGCUUGCAUAUACUGAUGCAGCUUACAUAUACUGAUGUAUGCAGCAUCUACGUACAUGUAUACAUUGCAUUAUAGACUCCAUAUUGUUUAUCUUUUUAAGCAAAACUUGUGUUGCUACUGUUGGCUCACUGUUUUCAAAUCUUCUCAUAUAUAUAUUCACCUUUUAUAUGAUGUUACACUCAACACUAAAAGAAUUUCCCUAAAUUACAGAUAUAAUGAUUAAAGGCAUUAAGCUGACUAAUAAUAUAUGCCCGCACCUGUAGUGGAGAGAAAUCCAUCACAAAUUUCUAAAUAAAUGCUGGUUUUCUGUGUUUAAAAUGAAGCUGUGGAAAUUAGUUUGUUUGGAAAUUAACCUUGAUGGAGAAUAUUUACCUAAAUUCCAGCUGAUUGUUAUAUGUAGACAUUAGAGUACAAAAUACCAAUAAAUGAAAAUACUGCUUUGUAUUUUCAUUACUGUACUGUAGUCUGCAACAGAAGGCAAACAGGAAGUGAACAAACCACAUUCCUGAUUACUUUUUCAGGUAAUCUGGAUGUGUUCAAUAGCAGUUUCAAAAUUUCUAGCCCUUAAUGCCAAGUUUUGUUGCCAUCAUAGCUGUGGUGUGGGUGGAAAAGCCCAACCAGAAAAGAGCAGAUCUAACUGUAAGCUACUUUGCAUGUUGUCAAUUGACUAUAAAUUGCAGCAGUCAUUGACUCAGUGGAACAAGCUACAUAAUUCAGGUAAGAGACUUGCAUGUUGCUGUAUCUAGCCACAGAUCUUCACUGAAUAUCAGUGUUGUAAAUCACUUCUACCAGCUAUUUACUAACAUGUUUUCAUAGCUUUUUAAUGAAUCCUGUUUAUUGUGAUCUCAUAUUUAAUAAGGUGUAAGAAAAAUAGAACAUUAACUUCUUUUUUUUUUUUCUUUUUAAUAUCAUUCAGAUAUUUUCAGGUGUUCAUCACUCUUAAGACUGCACAUCUUGUUUCCUUGGAUUUUACUUUGAUCUGGAGAUUGGUGAGUCUCUAGUCUAACAGGAAAAUGUUCCUAACACUUGCAUUUUGCACUUUGUGCAGGUGUUGAGGCAGCAGGUAACUGUUUUAUAUAACAUAAAACAGCUGAAGUGUCAGUACACAGCAACAAAUACUGCAAGUAUCUCUUCUUGGGGGAUUUUGGUUUCUUGCUCUGGGGUGAUGCCAUCAUUUUUUGCUAUGUAGCAGACUUUUCUUCCUCAGUGUUUUUAAGUUGUUAGCAGCUGAAAGUUUUUAGGCAACAGCCAACCUGUAUAUGUAGAAAAGGGAAAGCUGACUGCUAUUUUCAUUUUAUGAGGAGUAUUAUGAGAUUAUGAGAGUAUGAGGAGUAUUUAUGAGAGAUAUUCACCUCUGAAUUUUUUGCAUGCAUAUUAGUAUGAAAUGGAUGUGUGUUCAUGCUUUUAGCCUACCUACAGAAGUACCUGUUUAAGAUGCAUGGGACUCCCACUCAUGCCUAACAGCUAUAAAUGAAUUCUUUAUAUAAAUGAAUUAAUAGGAUUUCUGUUGUGCAAUCUACGUGCAUUAGAAAAAGAGACAACUCUGCAUACAGAGGCAUUUUCAUAGAAUAUGUUGUGAGAACGAGUCCACACCACGUAAAUAUUCUCUGUAUAAAUGUGGUAGGUAUGAAAUCAUUAGAAAACAUUCCAUUAUCCCCAUAUCCUCGUGAAGGAUUUAUGCUAUGGAACUCUGAUUGGAACAUUUGAAGCUUUGCCAGAUUUCUGCGUGUGGAAUCCAGCAGUUUCUAGUAGCCUAACCUAAAUGUUCAGGUGUGGUUUCCGUUUUAGAGGAUGCAGUAGAGCCUAAGUGCUUUAGACAGCAAUGGAUGGAUGUACAAGUGGAUGGUGAGUAAGAGCAUUUUUGAAUUGAUUCUGUGCAGGCAAGUAUUGAUUCCAGUCUGUGAGGGUGGCUCACAGUGAUUCUUUAAAAAUUAACUGGUUAUUUCAAAUGUAUUUAAAGCAGCUGUUAGGUAACAAUCAUUACAUUCUCAGCAUUUAGGCUGAUGUGUAGCUGUUUGAAUAAUGAUAUUGGGAAGGCACUAUAAUGCAGUUUCUUAUAAAACACUGCAAGGGUAUCUGUAAUAAACUUGCCAGGGUGAUUUGAGUGGUUACACUUGCAGUAAUGCUGCUCUGAGGGUAUGAAGAUAGGCCAGUCUGACUUGCAACUUUCAGCAGGGCCCCAAGAACUGUGUGCCAUCCCUUCUUUGUAUUACUAGAACAUGUGUUUUUCCUUUAAUGAAUUGUUUAUUUCAUAACCCUCUAGCAGUAGGAUUGUUUUUAGUAUUUCAUGUCUGUGAUUAAUCUGCAGGUAAGUGGAGAAGGAAUGUGAGGACCCAAGGAGAUGUUAGAUUUAGUGGAAAUUGUCUCGUCUCUCUAAACUUCUUGUAAGUCUUUGUAUGAGUGGACAUAAUACCUGACAGAGGUGGAAUUGAGAUCCAUUCUCUGCAUAAGUUUUCAUUUUUGUUGAGAUGAUAUAUUGAAUGUGACAUCAAGUGAAUAGAGAGAAAAAUUGUCUUUGAAGGCUCUCUGGUAGGAAUAGGGAGUCUUUUACUGGAAUUGUAGAUUUUAUUUUUUUCAGGGAGGGGAAGGGGUAGGGAGAAUGCCUCAGAUGUUGGACUGAUUUAUUUCUUGUCUUUACACAUGUAAGUUUUGGUGGAUUUGGAACAAUCUUGAUGAACUAGAUCUAUGUGGAAUACAUAUAGGUAGAGUCUCUUAAUUUCUAAAGCUGAGGUGAAGGGAGAGUGCUUGCUCUUUCCUUUAGGAAACUUUAGUGGCUUUAUUAAUAUCUCUUGUGUACUGAUUUAAUCAGUGUGACUGACUUGCACUUUCUUGUCCUAAUCAAAUGAGAUGUUGUCUUCCAACAUCAUUCUGAAAUGUCACAAAUGCAUUUAAAAGAUGUCUUCUGGAAAAUGUCAGCAAGGCCAAGUGUUGAUAAGUUCAGGUGAGUUUUUUUAAUACUGUUCAGUGUGAGUUGUUUAAAGUAUUCUGUAAUUAUGUUUUUCCAGGCUAAAUGCAGAACCUGAUGGAUAGCAAAAGCUACUGUAACCUCAUCUGUGCUGAGACUCAGCACAUACAGCUGGCAAGGCCUUUCUGUGCAGACCCCCUGGUCACGUUUCACAUGUACCCAGAAGCACCAAACCAGGUCCCUUUGUCCGAAGAGUUGUCAUUCCUUCCUUUCAUGUCGGAGCAUCUCAUCACGGAGACCUUCUACAGUGAGCCCUGCCCCUUUCCCUACCAAAUGCCCCAUUCCAGUCUCCACAAAAUCCUGCAGGCAGCAGCUUUUCCAAGCAUGGCUGCUUUGGAAGGGUGCCUGCCUGGGGGUCCCAGGUACUGCAGUGUGAGGCCAGCUUUGAACAAGUUUUCACGUUCCACUGUCAUAUCCACAGUUAACCCCUGCUGCAGGAGCUCUUUUCUUGUGUAUCCUGCCUGGAUUGCUGAGCCCCUUGCCCCCCAGAGGUGCCCGUGGAUCAGCCACUGCGUCCCCUCCCCUGGCCCAGCAUGGAAGAGACUGGGACAAUCAGGAGGCACAGACAGCAACGUGCCUGUGCUGGCUAGAGGGGAGCAAGAUGGGUUUUAUUACCAUGGCACAGUAAAAGAGGAGAUAGAGGGUGAACGAGGCAUGUUCCUGGUAGAGUUUGCCAAACCACUUGUGUCACGUGGAAGGCAUCCAGUGAGUGUGCAAAAAACAGCACAGGAUGACAUCCUGGAAUAUGUGAAUGGGAUGAAGCACUCCUUGCUCCCUGGAGACAGAGUGCUGGCACCCUGGGAGCCAGACAGGGCCAGGUACGGCCCAGGAACUGUCCUCAGGGGCAUUGAGACAAGGGAUCCCUUACGAGCCUCAGAAGAUGAAGAAAUUGUUGUCCAGUUCUGGAAUGACAAGCAAGUGAAACUCCCCUGUGGUGUGGCUCUGUGGAUCCCUCCUAGCCUGUGGGAGAGGAUUGUGGAGAUGAUCCACAUGCCCUUCACCAGCAGGGUGAAGCCCAGACCAAGCCAGGAUACUAACUCUUGUAUUUUUCCCUGCAGUCCUAAGCCAGCCCUGAUUCCUGCUUGUGCUGUAUGUAGCCUUGCCAAGCACUGCUUGCUCUGCUCUCCCUGCUGGCCACAUUUCCACCAGCGCUGUGCUGGUGGGAUCUGCUGUUCAUCAGCCUGGGUAAGGAGCAUCUGCUGCUGCCAUCCCUGUGCUGGUGCCUGGUGGCCUCUUCCCUCCAGAUCUCUCAUCUUUCAGGACAAAGCUGAAGAGGCAGAGUCCAGCAGUGAGCUCUCUCCAGGCCUUCUAGAACUGAAAGGCACAAAACAAGGAGAAGCUGCAGCUGUGGCAACAUCUUCUCCCUCUUCUGAUUCAGAGUGGGAUCUGAAGCCAUCCCUCACUAAGAGUACUGUGGGGGACAGUGCUGUUAACCCAGGCUCCAGCUGUCUUGAAAAGCCCAGGCUAAAGGAUUCUGCAAGACCUGAGGGGAAGUACUGGAAAAGAAGCCACCAAAAGUCCCAUUCCAGUAAUUCAGGACCUGGAAGUUGUAGCAGCACAUGUACAAAGGGCCAGCUGGAAUCCAAAGCCGUGUCCCCUGGGGGCACAUCUAGCGUGGCCCCAGCUCAGCAGAGUGCAAUGUUUGAAAGCAUUGAGCAGACCCCCAGAGGGCAACUCACACUGAAAGAGAUCCUAAGAGACCAAGAUUUCAAGCCAUCAUUGAGGGAAGAAGGCUUUGCAGCAUCAGAAAAACAAAGUUAUAAAGCAGCAUCAGAUGAUAAAUGUAAAGUGACUUCUGCUGGAGAUGACAAACCUGAUGUUACAGACCCUGUCAGACCUCACUUGCAACAAAACUGAGAGUCAGUUUUGUCUGGUCAGCCAGAAUUCAGUACAUGUACAACUGAUCAAGUUCAGGGGCUGAAAUUUCAGGUAAACUGCUUCUACUGUAUCAGUGUUAUAUCUUUUAAAUUAACCAAGUUCUGAUUUAGGUACUGUUUCAGUAGAAUAUCUUAAUGGAUGACUAUAUAAUUUUAAUAAGUGAGAAGCUCUUCUUUCACUGACAUCAAACGUACACAUCCUCAUUCUUUAUUCCAAAGUGCUACUAUAAAUUCCUAAUUAUUUGGAAUUGGCUUUACAAUUCUGGAGAGAUCAGAUGAACUAGUAUAAGCACUAAAACCUGAACAGAUGCACAGUAAGAGGCCAAUAAAGCAAGAGGCCCCCCACUUGUCUACAGCUCUCUGGAGUGAGGCACAAAAAUUCAGCAAAGCAGUUUCUGUUUGUAGAAAGCCAGGAGGAACAGAGAAACAAUACAAGCUGGCAGCUGAAAGAAUUUUUUUCAGGAUUAAAGCACAAGCAGAAGUAGCCAGAGGCUAAAGGACCUGCUACUGUAGAUACAAACAACAAAAUGAUUAGCAUUCAAGCCACUGAUUUUUAUUUCUGAUGAAAAUGAACUGAAACCUUAGUACUAUCAGCUACAAAAAGAUGACAUCACUAAUUCUAAACAUGGAAUCUGGUCCUUUGGGAAAGUUAAGCAUCCAGGGAGUUCUGUUAGUGUUAGCUCAUGUUUAAAGCAUAUGAACUCGGCCCCAAGCUGCAGUGUGCAGUUGCUCAGCACUAAGUUGGAUAAUUUAGGGUACCCCAGAGCCAUCAGAAAAGGGGUUUAGCAUGGUCUGCAAAGAGACAGAACUUGAAUCAAUAACUCACAUGCCUAGACUGAACAGCUGACACGUUUCAGCACAUUUCUGAGUUGGGGUUCUAGGGUAGUGAAUUUCAUUUGUAUUUCACUUUACCAGACUAGCAAAAGUACAGAUAGGAGAGUGGCUGGUGAGCCAGCUUCUCUAAAAUCAGUGCUAGCCUACAGAAGCUAAUGUCCACCCAUAUUCAUACCACAUGGGUCAUUCUUUCUCUGGUCAGCACUGUGACAUGGGGGUUCUUUCUGAGGAUAAUACAAAAGAAGCUGUCAUCACAAAGGCUUGAUCAUGUAUUUUAUUCCACUGAUUGUAUCUUUAAUUGUUUAGAGCAGAAGAAUCUGGAAUUACA